CAGAGUGAACAUGGAUGUGUUUCUAGUCCUUCUCCUGCUUUCAGCUUACUGUGUCCCCACUGCUUCCUUUCCAAACAUCUAUUACUUUGUGAAUGAGAAUAUGACCUGGGAUGAGGCCGAUGCUUACUGCAUCAAGGAGUACCUUGGACUUGCCCAAAUUACGUAUCCAGAGAACAACACUGCACUGGUGAACACUCCAGCCGGGGUAUACACCGGCAAAGCCUGGAUCGGACUUCAUAUAGGCGGUAUAGGUUGGGCCUGGCUGGAUGGACGACCACCCACAUAUUAUGGAUGGAGCUCUGAGCAGCCACUCUACACUGGCCCUGGAUAUUGUGUGUCCACAGAUUACAGAGGAUGGUAUAGUGUAAAAUGUACAAAAACGCUUGGCUUCAUUUGUUUUGACGGCAGUGAUUACAUUGUUAAUAAGACAUAUGUGACUUGGAAUGAGGCCAAAAUCAGCUGCAAAAACAAAAAUUCAACUCUGGCACAAAUCCUUGAUGUGGAAACAUUUGAUGAAGUCAGCAGAGUUGUGGAUAAAGAAAUUUGGAUUGGCCUUAGUUUUUCUCCAGUCUGGUUUUGGUCAGAAACGCAACAAAUCAGCACAUUCAUGAACUGGAAAACAGGACAACCUAACAAUGAGUUUGAUUGCGCUGCUAUAUUGGUGGAAGAUGGAACUUGGACCACCGAACCAUGCAUUCAACAAUAUCCUUUCUUCUGCUAUGCAGUUUACAAAUCAAAGAAAACAGUGGUGAGCAUGAAUAUCCAAACUGAUGUCGACCUGGAAAAUCCAGAUAACCAGGCUGCCCUGAUGCAACAGGUAUAGUGUUUGUUAACAAGUUAGCCUCACUUGAUUAAUAUUACCAGUAAGAGAGCUUUCUCCAUUCUCUCAGCCAGUGUUGUGUCCAAU